AGAAGGUGUUUUUAAAGAAACAGUCUCCUCGCAUAAUCAAGAAAAUUUUUUGGAGGCGACAAAAGUUGUGUACACAGAUUUGACUGACGAGACGUUGAAACAAGCAGUCAUUUGCCUAAAAACGAUGCUGCAAUUCCUUCAGGCUGCCAUUCCAUGCCUGAAUGUACAUUCUGAAGGAGGUGCUUCCGACGGAGAAAAUCAUACGAAUGAUGGUAGGUAUUUAACAAUUUAUCCUCUCAAUUUGUAUUUAUUUCUUUUUUCUCAUUACUAUCUCUUAAUCCCUUUAACUCUUAAGUCCGAUCAAUCCAGUAAGCAAAGCAAAAGGUUGAAAGCUGGAAAAACAGAUUUCAAACCUUAUUUUAGGUAAGAAGAUUGUUGUUGAACAGUAUUUAGAAAAAAUUUUUCACUAUAGUUUGAACUGGAGGAAGAAAGGAGUGAUUGGUGAUAACAGAGCCAAAGUAAUGAAACAAAAAAUGCCUAAACAUGGGCACAAUAAGAUCUCUCCCAUAAUUUGUCUCUGUUCUUUGAAAAUAAUAGAUAAUUUUUUUUAUUUUCUUAGCGAUUGUAGGGCCUUCUGGUUGGGAAAAACCUUCAUUGUCAGUUCAGCUCCUACAAAGGUUCAUUUACGCGGCAGCCAAAGUAAACGCUGUUUGGUUCAUUCGACUUAUCUUUGACCUACCCGCCGGAAGAAUAGUAUUUGAUUCGUACAAAGGAAGACCGCUUUUACCAGAAUAUGUAGCGAGAGCACGUGGACACAAUGAAAUCGCCGAAUACUUGGAAGAUGUGACCAAAAGGUAAGACAAGUUGAAAGUGUAGUACACGGAGGCCUAGCAUAAGAAGCUAACCGGUUUGCCCAUGUAGAUUCAAGCUGUCAACUGAACUGAAUUUAAUUGAAUAUUCUAACUAAGGAAAAUGCUUCGCUAUUAGUAAUGUUAUAAGACUGAGUGGAAUAAUCAUACAAGUAACUAACAAAAUCGGUCGACCGCGAUGCAGAAGACCGAUUUCAGUUCUUAUUACGAGUAUGGCUGCAGACAGAACCGGAAGGCAUAAAGUUCUGUUACAAAUAAAUCGAAGCUAUGACAAAAUUUAAGAAAUGAACAAGCCAUCGAUGAUACGUUUUCAUGAAAAACGACAACUAACUCGGCGAAAAGCGAGGCAGCAGUGUGUGCACAUGACGGGUACUAUUCCAUAACACGCAUGACGCGUACUUUGUCUUACUAUCAGAGUGAUUUAGGAAGAGGAUAAGAACGUCAUUUGAGAACAGGAGAGCGCGGGGAUAGUCAGGACACGACUUUAUUUCGACUUCUUGGUCCCUUCAUGGUUUCGUCAAAAGUCUGUUCAAAAUGUAUUGCAACUCUAAGAAGAUGGAGCUGAAAAGAGAAGCACUGUCAUGAACAGGGAGAAAUAUCCGGCAAACAAGGGAAUAAAACGACGACGAUUUCCAAAUUAUACUUUGUAAAAUUAUGAAUAAAAACAAGUAGUACUGAAAUCUAAUGGCUCGAAACGAAAUAACAGCGACACAAAUCGCAGAAGAAAAUUAUUCAAUGGGCUCUAAAAUUUGAUAAAUGAAUCAACAGAAACGAGUCUUAACUGGAAUGGCAUAAAUUUUAAAAAGUUAAAUUGUACAAAAGGGUUGAUGUGAACAUCUUGCUUGCCGUAUCUAUAAUUAUUCUCCGUUCUCGCUUGUUGUAUAACUCUCAUAGGAAAUAACUUCGUUGUCCUUAAAGUGAUACGUGAAACCGAAAAUUUAAAGGUGAUGACGAUCUUCAAUAAACCGAGGUCAGGAUACUCAAGAAAAAAUAUGAAUUUGACGUCUAGUUACAACGACUGGUACGUCACGUUUGAAACACAACGGGGGGACGUUCUCGACCCAAUUUCUUUCUAGUGUUUUUGCUGCGCGCGCCGUUGUCAACUGACGUACCCAUCCUCUUCCUAAAUCACCCCAUUACUCAAAUCAGGCUGGUGCUAACUCACAUUCGCUUUGAGCAUACAUUCGUAAUUUUCACUUGGGUUCCAAAUUUAUUGAGAACUGCAGUACUUUCUUCUGGCCAGUCAAAAGUGUGAAUUUUCCCUCCAUAUUAUCAAGCAUUCUCUAUUAAGGAUAUUGUUAUGCUCCAGUGCCUGGAGCUCAUGUAGCAACUGAAUUCUUCUAAAUCACGUUGUUUUAAAUGUCAAAUGGCAGAUACUCUGAAAGUGAAAGAACAGAUGAGAAGUUCAACGUCGUCAAUUGGCAGGAAAUCGUUACAGCUAUUGAGGCAACACAAGAAAAUCCGAGUAAGUUAAUAUCCGAAGACCAUCUUCACACUUUGUGGUAAUAAAUAUGUAGCAUCAGACAUGAAACUUUUUAACAAAAGGCUCACUGCUAUUUUAAAAUAUUACCUAAAAAUCAGUUUUGAACACCAAUUAUGGCAUGCGUUUUUCCGCUGAAAUGAUGAGGAAAACGAGGCAAGAGCAUUCCUUAACUAGCAGCAGAUAAAAUGAUUGUGUGGAGGGGGCCUUGAACUUUUGCUACAGUUUCUUCGUUCCUCGUCGUUCUAAAUUAUCUAAACUAUCUUUAAAGGGAAAGAACAAUAUGAAUAAAUGAUAUUUAAAAGCCUUUUUUUGUGUGCUACUUCGUUUUUGCUCAGCAAACGGCACAAAGCGUAUAUCGAUAACUGUUUUGCUGACCUCAAUGUGCUCAAUGAUUAAAUUGGAGGAAAUUUGCAACACCAGCGAAGACGUUCCACAAGUUUAUUUUUUUGUUACUCUAACUUGACGUGUCUUCCAGUACUUGACUAAGAUAAACAUUUUCAACAUAAAUCCAAACCCUUCUUCGAAGUCAUUCCCAAAUGGUACCAUAAGCAGCAACGGAUUCCUUCCUGAGCCUAAUAAUACUUGCACUACUACUGAAAAAAAGAGCAUGUUAUGAAGUAUUUAGAUAGUUUAUGUAGUCAGUUAGUCAGUCAGUUUAGUAUGAUUUAGUCAUCCGUCUAUAUUUAGAAUGUAGUUACUGUAUAAUUUCGAAUUUUGAGAUUGUUUAGGUUCAAGCUGUCGCGAUGAGUUCCCGAGUUGUGACUGUCUUGUCUAACUUCCAACUGGAUGUACCUAGUUUGUCUGCUGACCUUGCUUUGGACUCAUACAAAAGUUAUUGUUUUGGCUAACGCAUUCAGAGGUUGAUUCAGUCGAUUGGAAGCAUAAUGAUUAAGUACUCUGUUGCUUAUUUCAAAAGUAUCGUGAAAGUGUUUGGUUUAGUGUUCUAGCAACAGGUGUUUAAUCCCCCUAGGUCAGUCAGCUAGCACGUCCACCCAUGCUUAUCAAUAGUGAAUAUAUAAGCGUGUAAUUUAGAGCAUAUAUAGUACACUAGAAGAAUGUAGACAGUGUGCAGAAGAGUAGAGACAGACUUCCGUAGUUGAAGUGAGUGUUUAGCCGCAUAAUUCGAUGAAAAGUAUCCGAUGAGAGUCAAAGUGUAAGAGCCUGAGAAAUUAACCAGAGUUACACAGAAAGAAGUAGAAUUGGAUGUAAGUAGAAUUGUGUACUGGAGAGCUGAGUAAUUAAAUAAAAUUAAAGCCAAAAUUUUUUUAUGUCUUUUAAUUUUAUUUUAAUGAUUUUUUCAGACUCCUUUAGCGAGAUCAUGAAAACUGGAGAAAACACAGCUCCUUCUCAAAAAGUACGUGAAAAAGAGCUUAGGUCAAACUUCAGUGACAAGCAGCUGAACUACUUCAAGUUUGUUCAGAUUGUAACCACAGAAUUUCCUAGAGCCUUGCGUCAAACGUUUCGAACCAUGUGGGACAACAAGUUUGGAAAUAUGACUGGAUUUAAAUCAUGGGAUGACUCCCCGGAUGUGAGAAAUUUGUUUCUUAAGGCAGAGGGCGGCAAAACCAGAGUUCCUACACACCUCUCAUAUGAAGAGUGGGACUUCUUCGCCCUGAUCCAGGCCAUCAUCCACGCACGAUCCUUUGCUAAGCCAGAUAGUAAAGGUCAACGUCGUAAACUACCGCAUGGUAAGUUCAAUGCAUCUGUGAUGAGCCCGGUUGGAUAUGAUUUAGAAUCCUCAUUACACGCCAUUCAUCAGCUUCGACUGCUGCGAAAUUUGUUUUGCCACUCAUUAAAGGCCGAAAUUGAUAAAGAAACAUUUGACCACUACGUACAGCAAACUAAAGAAGCUUUCAUCGCUCUUGGAAUUGCAACAGAUAAAAUUGACGCCAUCGCUUUGAAGGAGUCAGACUCGCCCCCCCCAGUGCCUUGCGAAGUAGAGGAUGGUAUCAGACAGGAGGUUCUUACUGAUGUCAAGUAUCUCGAGGGCUUCAGAGGCAACAAAAGCGAGGAGAUCAUUACGAUGUUGAAGCAGAAGAUUGAGGAUUUGCAGCAAGAGCACCGCCAGACAAUAAAACUUGUUGGACGAAAAAAAUCGAUUUUCACUGAUUUGCUACAUAGGCUAAUGGUGGCACUCUAAAUGGUGCAAAUUUAGGGCUCUAAAAUUUGCACUAAUUAUGCUCUGGCUACAAAGUUGAUGUAAUCUCGAGCAUUUGUUCCUGAUGUAUUUACUCGCAGAUGUGACGUAAAUGUUAAAUUUGCUUUAAAUUCACCUUACUUAACCUUUAUAAGGUAAAUAUGGAAGUUCAACAUACAUUUGCCACACAUUUGCUUUUCAUUCAAAAGUGACACAUUUACCACAGAUGCAAAUACAAGUUAAAAUAGUGCUAACCAAUUUGUUUGCACCAUUUUUUACCACAUUUACUUAUAUAUGCAAAAAUGGCACAAUAUAUGUAAACUCAAGCUUUUGUUCCCGAUGUAUUUUCUUGCAAAUGUUGAGUGAAUAUUACAAUUGCAUGAAAUUCACUUUACUUUUGUUACAAAGGUAAAUAGGAAAGUUCCACAUGCAUUUGCCACAUAUUUACUUUCUCUGCAAAGUGAUAAAACUAACAAGUUCUAACAACUGAUAAAAACUAACAAGUUCUUAAUCAUAAUGACCAUAUUCCGUUGUCACUAAGAUGAGUGUGGUAGUUUUUGUUAUCUUUUUUGUUUUUUCUGGCAGUAGUCUUCCGCACCAUAUGCAAAUUUCUGAUGAAAACCUAUCAAGCAGCCAACCUUUAUUUAGCUGCUGCUUCAUUGAGGUUUGACUUUAUGCAAUUUUAGGCAAAUAAACAAGCAAUAGUGGCAGGCCUCUGCCUACCAAAAACAUAAAAGCUUGUUGUUUUCAUGUACAAUGCAAAUCUGUAAAUAGCUCUUGCACAUAAAGAUGGUUAUAUAGUUAACUUUUUUCUAUGCUUGCUGUUUCCACUAAACACUGGCGUAUUGUUUCGAUUUGAGUAGAACAUAAAAUAACAUUAAUAAUUAGUCAUUUCUAGAUUAACUGUAUUCCGCAGAUUAAGUUCCUGCUUUGAUUGUCUUUGAAGUUGCAAUAAAAAAAUACCAGGGAAGAAGUAAAUACAAAACCCAGCCUACAUAGUUGUAAAACAGUCACUCAUGAUCUGAGUAACAAAAAGCUAGUCAUAACUAUGGUAUUACUUCCAAAUUAUUUUAUGCAAAUUCCGGCUAGAUAAUUCCAGUUGAAAAGGUACAGUUAAAAUAAACUUCCGAGGGAAUUCUUUGAGAAAAUAAGUCAUUUCAUUGUUAAGACUUAACAGGUGUAAAAUCAAAACUAAGAGAAACAAGUUAUCCUGGUUUCAUAAUACAAAAUUUUUAUAUCUUAGUGUACUUCAGCAUGCAGC